CACACGGAUUAGAGAAGCGCGUCGGGCGCAGGAGCAGGCUAUGCUGCACUCUGGAGUCCCCGCCACCCCUGGCCCGCGGGUCAUCGUGUCUAUUAUCCUCCCAGUCCACAAUGCUGAGCAGUGGUUGGAUGAGUGCUUGCAGUCUGUUUUGCAGCAGGAUUUCGAAGGCACCAUGGAGCUCUCCAUUUUUAACGAUGCCAGUAAGGACAAGUCUAUGACUAUCAUUGAGAAAUGGAAAGUGAAGCUGGAAGGAUCUGGCAUCUUGGUGGUCAUUGGAGGCCAUGAUUCUCCCUCUCCCCGAGGAGUUGGAUAUUCUAAAAAUCAAGCAAUCGCACAGAGCUCAGGGUCUUACCUUUGCUUUCUGGAUUCUGAUGAUGUGAUGAUGCCCCAGAGGGUAAGGCUGCAACAUGAAGCUGCUGUUCAGCACCCGACAAGUAUCAUUGGGUGUCAGGUGAGGAGAGACCCUCCCAACUCAACAGAGCGAUAUACACGUUGGAUCAACCAGCUGGCGUCAAAUCAACUUCUGACACAGGUGUUUACGUCCCAUGGCCCCACUGUGAUCAUGCCCACCUGGUUCUGCUCUCGAGCCUGGUUUUCCCAUGUGGGCCCAUUUGAUGAAGGAGGCCAGGGUGUGCCAGAGGAUCUGCUGUUCUUCUACGAGAACCUCAGGAAGGGGGGCGGCAUCUUUCGGGUGGACCAUAGCCUGCUCCUCUACCGCUACCACCUGCAUGCAGCCACACACUCUGUCCUCGAGACAACCAUCUGGACCCACCGUGUCCACUUCCUGGAGGAGCAGGCCCUACCUCGCUGGGCAUCCUUCACCAUCUGGAAUGCAGGCAAGCAGGGGCGCAGGUUGUACCGUAGCCUGACAGCCGCCAGCCAACACAAGGUGGUUGCCUUCUGUGAUGUGGAUGAGAACAAAAUCAGGAAGGGCUUCUACUGCUAUGAGGACACUCAGGAAAGGCCCAAGCCACGGAUCCCCAUCUUGCACUUCCGAGCUGCCCAGCCACCCUUUGUCAUCUGUGUGAAGCUGGACCUCACAGGGGGCGAGUUUGAAGACAACCUGAGGUCACUGCACCUGCAGGAAGGCCAGGAUUUCCUUCACUUCAGCUGAGGCCAAGGCGGCCACCACAGAAGCCGCCUGCCUCUCCCCAGCAGACCGGACAGCAGAGCCUUUCCCACACGUGAACGUGGCUACACCUGGUUCAUGAAGAGCCCAGAUCACAGUCCAGGAGGGAGGCAUGUGUUGCAGCUAGAACAAAGAGUCAGAACCCCACUCACAUGCCCAGGCUCCUCCAGGGCUGAAGGCCACUGGUCACAAAGAAGUCAGAGGCCUGGUGGCUUAACCCAGGCCUAGAAAGUGACUCCUCAGAGUUGGCAGAUUGUACACCCUAGAGCCUGACUCCCCUGAGCCAAGUGGCUGAACCCCAUGGAUAUGCCCCAGCCACCCUGAGGAGCAGGCUGCUAAAUUGAGCAAAAGGUUGUCGUCAUAGUCCUGGGCUCAUAGCUCUGAUGUGGCAGCAUUGCCAACUCUCCUGCCACCAUUCCUUCAUCCAACCUCAGUGGCCCAGAGAGGACACUUGCUCUGGGACUGCUUGGCCACCCUUCCCAAGCAAUGACAUGGUGAGACCCAGGGCUGCCAUAACAGGACAGAUGAGCAGGAGGAGCUUCCCUUAAGAGGCCCAGUAUCCAUUCUGCACAGGUGUGAAAAGACAAAAAAGGCACAGGCAGGAACAGAAGAGUCACACUGUUCAAGGGGACAUGCUGUAUUCUGCCAGUCCCUUACUCAGACCUCUGUAAAACAGCUGGGCUGCAUGCCUGGCUGUCAGUGGUCUCUAAAGCACACAUGUGGGGGACAGCUGCCCACACCUGCCACCACAGCUUGACAACACCACCAUGCAACUUACCGUCAUCUCAGUGGCUAUGACCAGCCCUGCCCUGCUCCCUAGCCCCACCAAAGCCUCCAGAAAGAGGGGAAGCCCAUCACCUCCUCCAGCCCACAGGGUUCUCCCAGCCCCCUCACGCAUCAGCCCUAGAGAGAGGCAGAGGCAGGAACCACUUGGUACAGGAUUUUAUGGGCAGUGCAUUGUGUUAAGGCAGAAGCAUACAGAGCAGUGUGUGCACAUGAUGAAAUGCCACUGCCUGGUGACGGCCUCCCAGGCCUGGCAGCAGGUGCACCAGCAGCCAUACUUCGGUCGACACAGGCCACGUAGCACCAGGUUUCCGUGCUGCUGUAGCAUUCAGUGCCUCCCUCUGAGCUGGACAUUCAGCCAUAGGCCACUCAGCUCCCAGGACUGGCUUCAGUGACUGUGGGCUGUGGGAGAGACAUGAGUGUUAGGUUGGUCAGUCUUGCCUCCUCAUCCACCCCCAGCCUCUCUGGCCCCUGUGUGGGGAGAAAUGCAUGCUGUGUUCCUGCAGAAAGCCACAUCCCAGACCCUGGGAGCCUGAGCCACGUGGAGGUGGCUCUGUGGCCUCAGCUUUGUCUGGGCAGUGUCACUAAACUACUCCUCUCCUUAGCUUCAUUCCUGCAUGUUCAAAGUUUCCCUAAUGAGAACAU